ACGCAAGUUGAUGCAGAGUGCCUUGUCGGCGACUGGCGAGAGCGCACGCCAGUUUGGAGUACGGGUCGUACUGGCUUUGUGUUCCCUUUUAAUUACGCUUCCGUUUAUUUUAUUCAAUGCAGCGGCUAAACAAAUAUAUUUCUGGAUGUUUUAUGGCGCCAUACCGUAUUGUACCUGAAAAGGCAAAGACAAAUGGUGAAGGAGGUGAAGAAAAACGGAGAUACUAACUUGAUUAAAAACGCUAAGACGUAAAAUACAAAGGAAUGCAGCAUUUAUGACUGGGAAACACUUUUUAGUAUUUUUUUGCAAAACCACUCGACUGGGAGCAGUUUCCGGAGAUCUUCCAUAGCAAUUUUAAGAUUCUUGUUCUGGCAUUUGCGGUUCCUUUAUGAAAAAUCAAUGCACACGUUGUGUGCUUUGAUGAGUUCGUAAAAGUCAUCAUUUUGUGGCGAGUAAAUUGGACCGGGAGACUUUUGGAAGUGGGUAACAAAGGGAAUACCUAAAGGUGCCCGGGGAAACGUCUCCUAUUUUUUCACACUUUUGUCUUUGCCGGAGAAUCAAGAUAAAUCAUGGAUUCGUGCAAAACGUAGAAUAGCAAUAAAAAAUACAUUUCAUGAGAAGCGCUUGUCUCCGUAAUAUUGCUACACAAGUUACCUGCAUCGGUAGCGCGGUAGGACUUUCAGACAUCUGAAGGUAAACGUCGAAAGCAUAGAAGGAUCAGAAUUAAAAUUCAGCCUAUUUUCGGCUGGUCGUUCGUGAAUUUUGGACUGCGCAUCUGUCGUUUUGACUUGCAAGAUAACGUCGCCUGACAUUUUCUUUCCUUUUUUUGUAAUUCAGAUACAUUUGCCCCUAUGGACAGUCACUAAUGUGAGAAAGCUGAAUGGCUGACGAGUCCGCCGGCGUUUAAGAGAGACGCAUAACUGCAUAUCGACGGAUGCAUUUUGGUUUCUAAAAGCAAGCAGAUGUGUACAAAUACGAUCGCCUCGACAGCCAUGGAUCGACCGCUCUGGAGUCUGCUAGCAGCGUUAUGGAUAGCCCUUUUCAAGUUUACCCAGCUGUCCACGGCAGAAGAAGAGAUCCUGAUGAACACCAAACUGGAGACAUCCGACCUCAAGUGGACGGUGUUCCCGCGCCUCAAACCCGAGUGGGAGGAGAUGAGCGGGCUGGACGAGGACAACAACAUCGUGCGCACCUAUCAGUUCUGCCCUACGGACAGUUCAGGCAGCCACUGGGUGCGCAGUACCAUGAUCGAGCGGCGGGGGGCGUCGCAGGUCUACGUGGAGCUGCGCUUUACCAUGAUGGAGUGCUCCUCUCUGCCCACGCAGCUGCGCACCUGCAAGGAGACCUUCAACCUGCUGUACUACGAGGCCGAGGAGGAUGAGGCCACAGCCACCUACCCACGUUCCACAGAGUGCCCAGCGGGGCAGUUCAAAUCCGGCCCGGGGGCGGGGCUCUGUCUGCCAUGCCCCGCCCACAGCCAGGCGCUCAGUGCUGGGGCGUCGGCCUGCCUCUGUCUCCAGGGAUACUUCCGCGGGGACGCCGACGAGCCCACGGCGGCCUGCACCACCCCUCCCUCGGCACCGCGUAACAUCAUGACACAGAUCAACGACACGUCGGUGACGCUGGAGUGGAGCGAGCCCCUGGACAACGGCGGCCGCAGGGACCUGAACUACGCGCUGCAUUGCCUGCGCUGCUCGGGCCCCUCGGGGAAGUGCGUCCCCUGUGGGGACAGCGUCAGCUACCGGCCGGCGCAGCGCGGUCUGGCGGCUCGGCGCGCCGUCAUCUGGGGUCUACAGCCACACACUACCUACGCCUUCUCCGUGCAAGCGCUCAACGGCGUGUCGCAGCACAGCGGACGGGAGCCUGCCAGCGACAGUGUUAAUAUCACCACCAGCCACAAUGUGCCCGUGCUCGUGUCCGGCAUCACGAGGAGCAGAGCCACCGAGAGCAGCCUAACCCUGCACUGGCCCGUCCCCAGGAUGUCCCACUACACCAUCCUGCAGUACCAGCUCCGCUACUGCGAGAAGGAAAGGUGUAAUGAGGAUGAGGCCUGGAGGUACAAGGAGAGCGACGUGGCCCAGGUGGUGCUGAGCGACUUGCGCCGGGGGACCCAGUACGAGGUGCAGGUCCGUGCCCGCACUAUGGCUGGCUACGGAAUCUUCGGUCCUGCCACGUCCUUCCGCACCCUCCCUGACGACGACGCGGUCCAUUCACAGCUGCUGGUCACUGGCGUCCUGAUCGCCAUGGGACUCCUCCUGCUCAUCACAGUCAUCGCCAUCGGUAAUAACUUUUUCUUCCGUAAACUGAACGACGGGCAGUUCACCCCCAUCCAGCUGGUGGGCAUGCUGCGGGGCAUCGCCUCGGGGAUGAAGUACCUGUCGGAGAUGAGCUACGUCCACCGGGACCUGGCCGCCCGCAACAUCCUGGUCAACAGCAACCUGGUGUGCAAAGUGUCCGACUUCGGGCUGUCCCGAUUCCUGCAGGAGAACUCCUCCGACCCCACGUACACCAGCUCCCUGCUGAUAACUGCCCCCCCCCCCCCCCCCCCCCUUCCCAUCACCCCUGCAGGCGUCAAGGUGUACAUCGAUCCCUUCACUUACGAGGACCCCAAUGAGGCCGUGCGGGAGUUCGCGAAGGAGAUUGACGUGUCCUUCGUCAAAAUUGAGGAAGUCAUCGGAGCUGGUGAGUUUGGGGAGGUUUGCCGGGGCAGGCUGAAAAUCCCGGGGAAGAAGGAAAACUAUGUAGCCAUCAAGACCCUGAAGGGCGGCUACACGGAGAAGCAGAGGCGGGACUUCCUGAGCGAGGCCAGCAUCAUGGGCCAGUUCCAGCAUCCCAACAUCAUCCACCUGGAGGGCAUCAUCACNCCAUUCCCACAUUGGCACGUUAGUCCGCCUCGGUACCGCGGCCCGCCAAACAGACCCGACGAGGUCGGAGCGGCACGGCGUUACCCCCUGAAAAGCCCGCUGGCUGGCGGCAAGAUCCCCAUCCGCUGGACGGCCCCGGAAGCCAUCGCCUUCCGGAAGUUCACCUCGGCCUCGGACGCCUGGAGUUACGGCAUCGUCAUGUGGGAGGUCAUGUCCUUCGGCGAGCGGCCCUACUGGGACAUGAGCAACCAGGAUGUGAUCAACGCCAUCGAGCAGGACUACCGGCUUCCCCCGCCUCCCGACUGCCCCACCCUCCUGCACCAGCUGAUGCUGGACUGCUGGCAGAAGGACCGAGCGGCUCGGCCCCGCUUCGCCGCCAUCGUCAGUGCCCUGGACAAGCUGAUCCGCAACCCAGCCUCGCUCAAGAUCGUAGCCCAGGACGGAGCAGGGCCGUCCCACCCACUGCUGGACCAGCGUGGCCCCCCACCCCCCUCCGCCUGCGGGUCCGUGGGCGACUGGCUGAGGGCCAUCAAGAUGGAACGUUACGAAGAAGGCUUCCUCCAGGCCGGCAUCACCUCCUUCCAGCUGCUCGCCCAGGUCACCACAGAGGACCUCCUGCGCAUCGGUGUCACACUCGCCGGCCACCAGAAGAAGAUCCUGUCCAGCAUCCAGACCAUCAGGGCCCACGACGGCACGCUGGGAGCCAUGCGUUUUUAAAGAUUCCGGGGCCCCGCCCCUAGCCCCGCCCCCUCUGGACAAUAGGAGGACUCUCCAGCCAAUCAGCUGCUCAUCGCUAAACAUGAUUUUCCCGGUUGUAUUUUUCCUUCCUCCCCCCCUUGCCACCACCCAUUAAUUGCCCAGGACUUCUGUGCAGACUAAAUACAACCCCCCCCUUAUUUUUACAUUGUGGAGGGUGGGGGGUCAUCCUGACUUGAAGCACAAACCACAGACAGACCCUACUCUUAGGUGUCUGUUCUUCCCAGAUAGCUGGUGGAAUGAAGCACUGAGCCCCUCAGCAGAACCAGACCUACGGACCUUGAUUAGGUGCCGGUUCUGCUGCAAUAGGCCAAAAGAACCAGGUUCCACCAAUGUGGCACGCGGACCUUGCUGCAUCUCUGGAUGGGACUGGCGUGAGUUCUGCAGCAAAGCCUGUUUGCUGACCUGGGAUCAGGAGUGAAUGGAUUCAUUUGGAUUUCCUACCUGGAUCAGCCCAAAGUUCCGCUUCGCGGUGCUGUACUUCCUCUUCUCACAGACUGUUUUUCCCCUCCCUAUUUACUCUUUCUUUUGAUCUCCCAGUACUGGGAGACGAGGAGGGACCAGGGGUGUAUUUAGCACUUGUUAACGUCCGGAAGGAGCCGCGAUCCCUCACUGUUCCGGCUCCAUUCCCACUUAUCCGGACCAAAACUUCCAGUCUCCCCCUGGACCAAGAACGCGGUUCCAGCCUGUAGGAGCCCAGCCCCUCUAACCUUCACUACACUGUGCUGCCCGCACACAGCAACCCCUACAGGUACCGUACGGUACUGCGAGCGACAGCCACACCCAGAACGGUUCUGUCGGCAUUCGGUAUGUGAACGGGCCCCAGGCCCUUGGAAUUCUGGGACAAUAUUUCUGAUCUUCACAUUGAGGAUCUGUUAUUAUAAACCAAUGAUUUUUUUUUUAAGUUUCCUUUUUAUUUGUAUAAAUAUACAUAUAUAUGGGUUUGAGGCUUCACUCCCCGCAGUGUGUAAUCUCUGUGUCUGGUCACAAUAAAGAUUCACAGCACUGUUUA